CCAUUAACAUCUAUUUUUGAUAAUGAUAUUGCAGAUAAGAUUACCUAACUUUUGUAUAAGGAUGUUGUUGUCAAUCUGACAAUGAUAAGUUAACGUAGCAAUAAGUAAACUAAGGUCCGGUCGAUAAUUUAGUAGCCGUCUGGUCGCGCAACCACGUGGUAAUAAUGGCAAGGUUGUUGCUAGUGUUAUUUCUCACCGCUUUGUACAAAUCAGUGCUUUGUGAGGAGCAAGAGAGCAGAAUAGUCCAGAUCUCACAAGGACCCGUUAGGGGUUAUAAAGACCAUGAAGAGAACUUGUAUACUUUCUUCGGCAUUCCUUACGCGACCGCACCUACUGGACAGGAUCGAUAUAAGGCUCCUUUACCGGGACCGUCUUGGUUAACUCCGUUUGAUGCAGAUAACGAUAACAUAAUAUGUCCGCAAGCUAUAAUUCCCGCAUUCAAACAUCUUUACAAAAACGCAGAUAUGCGACAAAAUUGUUUGAUCGCAAAUGUGUACGUACCAGACACGGUUGAAAAGAGUUUACCCGUUUUGGUUGUAGUACAUGGAGGAGGUUUUCAAGUCGGAAGCGGGAAUCUUCUUAAGGUUAAGAAAUUAGUUGCAAGCAAUAAUAUUAUUGCGGUCACCUUUAACUAUCGCCUUGGCAUACACGGUUUCUUAUGCCUGGGAACUCAAUAUGCACCAGGUAACGCAGGUAUGAAAGAUCAGGUGGCACUUCUUAAGUGGGUAAAUGAGAACAUAGCUAACUUCGGGGGCAAUCCUAAUGACGUCACUAUCACAGGAUAUAGCGCUGGUGCAGUGUCGGUAGAAUUACUGAUGCUUUCACCAUUAGCUAAGGGAUUAUUUAAUAAGGCAAUCGCGGAAAGCGGUGGCGCCCUUGGAGUAUUUGCCAUGCAAACAGAUCCCCUAGAAAAUGCUAAGGGUUUUGCGAAAAGAUUUGAAAUUGAACAUGCAGAUGACGCUUAUGCUCUGGAAGAUUUUUAUAAGAAUGCGUCUUUUGAAACAAUAACAAGUGAUUCUUUUUUUAGUGAGAUGUUUUCACCAUUAUUUACACCAUGUAUCGAGAGCGAAAUCGGACAAGAAAUAUUCCUUGCCGAUAGUCCUAUUAAUAUACUAAAAAGUGGUGAUUAUGAAAAAGUUCCCUUCCUUGUGGGCUUUAAUGACAAAGAAGGUAUUUCCAGAAUAGAUUCAUUUGAAACAUGGAAAAAUAAUAUGAAUCAGAAAUUUUCAGACUUUCUUCCUCCUGAUUUACAAUUUAGAAAUAAAGCAGAGAAAGAAUUAACUGCUAAAGAUAUAAAAGAAUUUUAUUUCGGUGACAAGAAAGUUGAUGAUGAUACUAUAUUAUCAUUUGUAGAUUUCAUGUCUGACGUAUCUUUUGCUUAUCCUAUACUAAAAGCUGUCCAGCUACACGCAAAUGCUGCUGGCAAUAAUAAAAUAUUUUUGUAUUUGUAUAAUUAUGUUGAUGAGCUAAUACCAGUUGUUCCCCACACUGAUGUAAAGGGAGCCACUCAUUGCGCACAAACUUUCGGAGUGUUUGACGGAUAUAUGUUUUCGAAUGAUACUGAAAAAGACUUGCCCCAUGACUAUAAGAAACACAAAGUCAUAUUAAGACAAAUGUGGGGAAAUUUUAUUAAAACAGGUGCUCCCGUCCCGGAAGGAUCGUCCUUGGCUACUUGGCCACCGACGGGUGCAGAUGGGUCUCCGCAUAUGUUGCUGGGACAGAGUAUUGAGCUGCAGGACAGUGCGCUGCUGCAGGAGCGGCGGCGCAUGUGGGACGCCGUCUACAGCCGCCACUACAGAGCUCCCAGCCAACCCCAAGCGUUUGUGCUCUUCUCGCGAAAUGAAUUAUAGGAAGAAUGGGCAUUACCAUGUUACGUUUGAUAAACAUUCUGAUGUUGGGUUUUAUAAUUAAAUCUAUUUACUACUUAAUCAUAGCUCGUCUUGUCCUUAGUUAGUAUUGUAUUACUUUUGCAUAUCGCUUGUUUUCUGCGUUUUAUAUCACCUGAUCACAUCACAGUUGUAACAUAUAAUACUUGACCUCGAACCGUGACUGCGAAAGUGGCACAACUGGUUUUGACCUACGUCCUUGAGUUGACUUGAGUAGACCAUCUUUAUUGUUUUGACAGUAAUCAUCAUAUUAUGAUAAGUAUUUACCUAUGAUUUUGCCGUUCUGUCGUAGUGGCUAUUUCAAGUUCAUUUUUUUCUAUUUUCGCUAAGAAUUUUAGUUUAAGUAUUUUUAUUUUUAAAACAUGUUUGUUUUUUUUAGUCAUUUGUUUAAUGCUUAGCGCAUGUGUAAGUUUUUCACAUCAUGGAUACGUAAAAAAACGAGUGAUUAUGGAGUAUGAGUACCGUCGUAGCAGCAAAGCGGCAGAAGCAGCACGCAACAUCGACGACGUAUACGGAGCGAACACUACUAACGAUCACACCACCCGUUAUUACGGAAGUGGGUAAUGCUUCCGUUCUAGAAAUUUCGACCUAAGAAAUGAACCCCGUAGUCGAUCGAAAACUUUAUUCGACAAUAACGAAUUAAAGGCGAUUGUGGAAGCUAAUGAUUAUCAAUCUACAGCUGAAUUAGCAGCAGUUUUCGAUGAUAGCAUCCAAACAAUAUUUGUCCGUUUAUGUCAAGGUAAUGGGUGUCCCACGAAAUGAAUGAAAGCCAGCGCGAAGUAGGCGUCGAGUCGAGUCUUGCCAGUGCAAGGCCAAAUAUGUCUUCGUUUGUAUGCCUGUUGAGCAUAUUGAAUCGCACUGUUAAUUGUGACGAAAAAUGAAUUCUGUUCGACAAUCGUAAGCGCUCAGCAAGUUGGUUAGAUCCUGGUUCAGCACCUAAACAAAGCCCCAAACGAAAACUAUAGCCUAAAAACUGAUGGUCACUGUUUGGUGGUCUAGCACGGGUGUCAUUCAUCACAGUUUCUUAUCAAACGAGAUAAGCAUUACUGUAGAUGUGUACUGUGAAGAACUGAGCACAAUAAUGGAGAAGUUCGCACAUCUCCAACCAGCUUUGGUCAAUCAUUAGCUCCGCUGCUUCUGCACGACAACACGCGAUCUUUUACUGCACAACGGUCUCCAAGUUACAAGAGCUAGGGUUGGAAGUUCUCAGUCAUCCACCAUACUCACCAGACCUUGUCCCUACAUACUUCUACUUUUUUCAGAAUAAGGAUAACUUCUUUGUGGUGGAAAAUUCAAUAACCGUGAGGCAGUUCAAAAUGUCUUUGAAGAUUUUUUUGCCUCCUGUCCAACAGACUUUUUCAAAAAGGGCAUCAAUAAGCUACCACUACGUUGGCAAAAAUGCCUUGAUUGAAGGGGUAAUUACUUUGAUUAAUGAAAAUAAAGAAUAAAUAAAAAAAGAGCGUAAACUUAUUUCAUGAAUAACGGCAAUUUCAUAGGUAAAGACCAAGCAGAUACACAUUUUAUCUACUCAUAACUAUAUACAGUUCACGAACUAUUGGGUGGGUCACUACCCACCACUCGUGUCGCUGCGGUGUACACUAUAUUUUGAACUCAGGCUUACCCUGAAAAAUAAUAUAACUAAUAUAAAAGCCACCACAAAGUGACCGGAUUAUAAAUGCGUGUCUACUGGCACUGUUAAUUUUAGGAAGCACAUGAAAUAGUUCCUUCCCGCCAAGUAAAGUCCCGACGCGUACAUAUCUGAUGUAUCUAGAAAAUAUACCCUAUCAGCCACUGUCACCUUGCCGACUUGAAGCCAACCUUACAGGCAUAUAACCCUAAUCACAUACACAAACGGAACACCACCAAAAGAUAGAGUUAUUUAACUAUGUUCUCCUGGAGGGAUUUAACUUCCCCAGACGGGCGCAUGUUAUGUCAGCUAUGUCCUUAUCAUCAUCAUUAUCAGCCUAUCAGAGUUACAAGCCCACUCAAUGUAAUAAGGAGAACGGGCGGACACAGUGCGGAUUGGUAUGGUAACAAAGACUGCAGAUGCAGCCGAGACCAACGACUUAACGUGUCUUCAGAAGCACAAAGGAGGUCGGGAUAAUAAACUGAGCAAUUGGGGAAGUCACUUAACUUCCACGAUCUCAGUCCAAACGCUCUGACUACUACCAUCGAAAUCAUCAAAUGUUUUGGCUCUCAUGCCCGUACUUCACUUGGCUAUUCGUAUUUGCUAUUUGUAAACUUGACAUCAGUCUAUUGUUUUCAUUCCCCAUACAUCAUGAUAAGGACAAACUAUUGUCAAGUUUACAAAUAGAAACACCAAAAGCCAAGUAAUGUGCCGGUAUUAAAAUUGUGGUCUUAUUGUUUCGUGACAAAAAUCUGAUACAUGGAUCCAUUGUAUUUAUCAUAAUUUUGAAAGAUAUUUACUUAUUUAAAAAGAAUUUUGCUGUUGUAUAUAAGCACAGUUUAUAUGAGCACAGUAAUGAUAAUUAUUAUAAUGAUUGUGGUUUGGUUUUUAUAAUGUUCGGUUUUAGGUUUCGUUACACUUAUUCGGAAAAUUGUCGAGCAUGCCAAUAGUUGUUUGCAAAAGCGUAUAUGGCUCCUUUGCUUAAAAUUGUGUGUCAUUCGAUGUUUUUAAUAAUAUUUCAUUAUAUAGUAGAUUUUUGUGCACUUCUUGAUAAUCAACUGAAUUACUCCAUUUCUAAAUUUGUAUCAAUCGUGAAAGAUUCAUGCAGUCAGGCCUGUUUGUCCCACUAGUUCCAUCGAAUUCAUCUUCAACACCAUUCAAAACAAAAUUAAAAGCAAAUUUCCUUUUUUCAAAUUGCAAUCAACUCUUCAACAACCCCAUCAAAAUUAGUAUUUUCCAUAAUAACUCUAAUUAUUACAAUAAUUUUAAUGAUCCUCGGAUCCCAUGGAGCUCUAGUUAUCUUAUUUUCUGCAGAGUCAUUAUGACUAAUCAUGGGAAAUAUGUCCAAAAAAACAGAUUAGAUAAUGUUUAAAAGACUUCGUGCUAGUAGUGCCCCUGACAGUCGACCGGCCGGCUUGAUUGCCUCAUAACAACAACAUACACGAAUAAAAGUCCUAGGCGUUAAUUCAGUAGUGGGUUCGCCUCCACAAUGUCAAGGUUGGUGGCCGUGUUAUUCUGCGCUGCGCUGUACAGUGUUGUAAUAUGUGAGGAACGAGAAUCAAAAAUAGUCCAGACCUCGCAAGGACCCGUCAGGGGAUAUAAAGAUAAUGAGGAGAAUAUAUACACCUUCUACGGUAUACCAUACGCGACUGCCCCCACAGGACUGGACAGAUACAAGGCUCCCCUUCCAGGACCAUCAUGGAUAACACCAUUAGAUGCAGUUAAAGAAAACACAGCAUGUCCACAAGCAGCAAUUCCUGAAUUCAUUCAACUUUACCAUGGCAUUGACAUAAAACAAGAUUGUUUGGUUGCGAAUGUGUACGCUCCAGAUACUACUGACAAAAAUUUACCCGUUUUGGUUGUAGUACACGGAGGAGGUUUCCAGGGUGGACAUGGGAAUGCUCUUAAACCUAAAAAAAUUGUUGCGACUCAUAAUAUUAUUACGGUUACCUUUAACUAUCGCCUUGGCAUACAUGGUUUUCUAUGCCUGGGUACUGAAAAUGCUCCUGGUAAUGCAGGUAUGAAAGACCAAGUUGCGCUGCUCCGAUGGGUAAAAAUGAACAUAGCUAACUUUGGAGGCAAUCCCAAAGAUGUAACCAUCACUGGAUAUAGCGCUGGGUCAGCAUCAGUAGAACUACUGAUGCUUUCUCCUAUGGCAAAGGGUUUAUUCAAUAAGGUGAUUGCCGAGAGCGGUAGCGCUCUUGGAACAUUCGCCGUUCAAACGGACCCUCUAGAAAAUGCCCAGCAAUUAGCAAAACAUUUUAAUAUUGAGCAUGCCGAUGAUGUUCACGCUAUAGAAGAAUUUUAUAAGUCCGCUUCAUUUGAAACAAUAACGAGUGAUCCAUUCUUUCAUGCGAAGGAUUCUUCAUUUGCAUUCUCACCAUGUGUAGAGACCGAUAUAGGUCAAGAAGUUUUCCUUGCAGAUAGUCCAUCUAAUAUACUAAAAAGUGGUAAUUAUGAGAAACUUCCUUUACUUGUUGGUUUUGCGGACAGUGAAGGUUUAUUGCGUUUCCCGUUAUUCGAAACGUGGAAAAAUGACAUGAAUGAAAAAUUUUCGGACUUUUUACCUGUUAAUCUAAAAUUCGUAAACAACGAAGAGAAAGAAAAAGUAGCUAAAGAAAUAAAGGAAUUUUAUUUUAAAGAUAAGAAAGUUGAUAAUGACACUGUACUGUCGUAUAUAGACUUCUUCUCUGAUGCUUUAUUUACUUACUCAACAUUAAAAGCUGUAGAGUAUAAUGUAAAUGCUGGUAAUGACAAAGUGUUUGUAUAUUUUUAUGAUUACGUAAAUGAAUUGAUGCCAAAUAUUCCAUACACUAAUGUAAAAGGAGCCCCACAUUGCGCACAAACAUUUGCUGUGUUCGACGGAGAUUUGACGUUCGGAGGCAACGAAAAAGAUUUACCAGAUAAUUAUAAAAAACACAAAGCCACUGUAAGACAAUUUUGGAGCAACUUUAUUAAAACAGGUGUUCCGGUACCGGAAGGCUCGUCCCUGCCCGCGUGGCCAGCGACGAGUGCAGACGGGUCUCCUUACAUGUUACUAGGACAAACUGUUGAACUGCGGUAUGACGCGCUGCUGCAGGAGCGGCGGCGCUUGUGGGAAACCGUCUACAGCCGCCACUACAGAGCUCCCAGCCGACCUCACGUGUUUGGGAUGAAUUCGCGGAAUGAAUUCUAAAAAGAUUAUAUUUAAUGUUAUUUAAAAUAUGAGUAGACUUUAACUUUGUUACGUAUUUUUUUCCUAUUCAUUUUUGCAGCACGCGGUGAUCCAAUACAUUGGUUAAGGAAUACAUUUUGGUAGAAGAAAACAAAAUAAAGAGAAUUUUACAAUCUUAGAGAAA